UCUUGUAACUGUUUGGAAGUAGUUUAGCAGCUUGUAUUUGUGCUUAUCGUUCACAGCAAUUGCACGCACGUUUCAGCAGUGUUUGCUGCAGUUUGCUGCAUCAGCUUAGCUUGUUAGCCGGCUGCACUCCUCUUUCUAGGCAUCUUUAGACCUGGGAAUUUGCUAGCCAAGUUAGCUAGCUAGCUGUCAUAUUCAAGAUCUAACGUCCAUCAACACCGCGGCUGCGGACAGGUCAUCCUGUAAAUGGGGAACAGCGCACUUAAGGCUCAUUUGGAAACAUCUCAAAAAACAGGAGUUUUUCAGUUGACAGGGAAAAGCCUCCCAGAGUUCCCAGAGGAGUUACAGAGGCUGACUGCAAACCUGCGGACAGUGGAUCUGUCCAACAAUAAGAUUGAAGUGCUACCGGCCUUCAUAGGAAAUUUUCAGCAUCUGAAAAGUCUCACAAUUAACUCCAACAAACUCACAAAUCUGCCAAAUGAAAUUGGGAAACUCAAGAAAUUAGAAACCCUUCUGUUGAAUGGGAACCAGUUGCAGAAACUGCCUUCAUCAUUUGGGCAGUUGAAGGCACUGCGCACCCUCAGCCUUUCUGGAAAUCAGUUCCGUGAGUUUCCCAGCGGGUUGGGUACCCUCCGUCAGCUCGAUGUCCUUGAUUUGUCCAAAAACCACAUUCAGGCUGUGCCAGCAGAAGUGGCUGACCUGCAAGCCAUUGAAAUUAACCUGAACCAGAACCAGAUAUCAGUGCUGCACCCAGAUGUGUCCCGCUGUCCCAGGCUUAAGGUAUUGAGACUAGAGGAAAAUUGUCUGGAGCUCUCCUCCAUCCCUGUCACCAUCCUCACUGACUCCCAGGUGUCUUUGCUCUCCGUGGAAGGCAACCUGUUUGAGGUGAAAAAGUUACGGGACCUAGACGGGUAUGAUAAGUACAUGGAACGAUUCACUGCGACCAAGAAGAAGUUUGCAUGAGGAAGCAAAGAAGCUACGCUUUUCCUGCUCACUUUUACCGGGCUCCGCCCAUUACAGAAGCCCCGGACCGGCCCUGGUUUUGGCCGCGGUAGCUAACGGGAGAUGACAGAGGACGAAAAGGACGGGAUGAGGAAAAAGAGAAAAAAUAAAAGACUGUUUGAAAAGCAUGCUAAAGCCUCUGGAUGAAGUCCUCUGACUGCUCAGAGAACACUGUACCUCACUGACCACGCAUACACACAUAACCGUCACAGAAUACGAUUCUUUAAGUCGCAGGUUACCAGUGCUUAAUGUGCAUUCUAACCCUUGCUACUGAAAUAUGGUUAUGCAAAAAAAUACAAGCAUUAUACGUUCUGUACUAAUGUCUGUCACUGACACUAAAUGCUGUGCUCUACAUGACACAAUAUAAGUCAUCAGAAACGUACUAUAUGUCGUGCACCCACUGAAAAACAUGCUUAAACAUGGAUGCAGGUAUCAAAGCAUUUUAGAGUUUGGUAAUUCAGUUUUAAUUAGCAUCACUCAAUGCCGUCUCUGUGUUAUUUACUGACCUUGACCUUGUAAUUAACGUUUAAUGAAAGCUGUUUAAUGAAGAUUCUUGUUUAAUGAAGAUUCUAUUUAUGGCACACUUCCAUUUGAAAUGCUGGGGGUGUGGGCCUUUGCGCUUGUGUGGUUGGGUGGGGGACAUAGUCGCAGCAUCAAGAUUGGGGCAGAUACUCCGCCAUUUGUAAUUGGAAUAUAAUUGGUUUUUGAAUGAAAGCAUUCGUUACAGACUUAGGUAUGUGACUUUCCGUUAGCAUGCUAACAAAUGUCAGUUCAGUUUUGUUGUGUUAUUUGUAAAUGAUGCAGUUUGUUCUUUUACUUCUUUCCUUCAAA